GCAGCGCCAUUUAGAGGAAGGUGCGUGUCGUCGCGAGGGCAAAGAUUGAGAAGCGACUGUUAGCCGGCGGACUGCUCGUCAAAACCCCCCAAAGACGCUUUGUGUGCAGUCAAGCAGGACGAUGGCUGACGACCUCGACAUCGAGGCGAUGCUGGAGGCUCCGUUCAGAAAGGAGGACCUAAAGAGCCAAAGCCCCGAGGCAACGGCACCAGAACCGGAGGAACGCACCAAGAGCGGGUCCGACAGGAAGAAGCGCAGCCGCGACCGGAAGCGCAGCCGCGACAAGAAGCGCAGCCGCAGCCGAGAGCGCAAGAGCAGCCGCAGCCGAGACACCAAGAGGAGGAGCCGCAGCCGAGAGCGCCGCAGCAGCCGAGAGAGGGGGGGGCGCUACCGAGACCACCACCAGAACCGUAAACGGUCCAAGAGUAAGAGCCCCCCCGUCAGGAAGGAGAAGAGUCCACUCAGGCAGCCCGUAGAUAACCUGAGUCCAGAGGAGCGCGACGCCCGCACGGUGUUCUGCAUGCAGCUCGCCGCCCGGAUACGACCCCGAGACCUGGAGGACUUCUUCUCCUCUGUUGGGAAGGUGCGUGACGUGAGGAUGAUUUCCGACCGGAACUCCCGCAAGUCGAAGGGCAUCGCCUACAUCGAGUUCGUGGAGACCAACUCGGUUCCUCUGGCCAUCGGGCUGACGGGGCAAAGGCUGCUGGCAGUUCCCAUCAUCGUGCAGGCCUCGCAGGCGGAGAAGAACCGAGCAGCCGCCGCGGCCGCAGCCGCCAACAACCUGCAGAAGGGCUCAUCGGGACCGAUGAGGCUCUACGUCGGGUCACUGCACUUCAACAUCACCGAGGAGAUGCUGAGGGGCAUCUUUGAGCCCUUUGGACGGAUUGAGAGCAUCCAGCUGAUGAUGGACGGAGACACAGGAACCUCUAAAGGCUACGGCUUCAUCACGUUUGCCGACGCCGAGUGCGCCAAGAAGGCUCUGGAGCAGCUGAACGGCUUCGAGCUGGCCGGCCGGCCCAUGAAGGUCGGCAACGUGACGGAGCGCUCCGACGCCUUCUCCUCGUUCCUCGACAGCGACGAGCUGGAGCGCAGCGGCAUCGACCUCGGCACCACCGGGCGGCUGCAGCUGAUGGCGCGGCUCGCCGAGGGUACUGGGCUCCAGAUGCCUCCCGCCGCCCAGCAGGCUCUGCAGAUGAGCGGCAUGCUCGCCUUCGGCGCGAUGGCCGCCGUGUCAGCUGCUAUGAAUCCAACUCUCAACAUGAACUCCAGCAUGACUAAUCUUCCCUCUCAGCCGCUCGCCACACACUGCUUCCAACUGUCCAACAUGUUCAACCCCAAGUUUGAGGACGUUCCCGGUUGGGAGAUGGACAUCCAGCAUGACGUCAUCGAGGAGUGUAACAAACACGGAGGCGUCGUCCACAUCUACAUCGACAAGAACUCUGCUGAGGGGAACGUUUACGUCAAGUGUCCGUCAAUCCCCUCCGCCAUGGCCGCGGUCAACGCUCUCCAUGGACGCUACUUUGCUGGUAAGAUGAUCACGGCUUCCUACGUCCCGUUGCCCACCUACCACAACCUGUUCCCGGAGUCCGCCGUCACCACGCAGCCGCUGGCCCCGCCCCCCCGAAGAUGACUCGCCAACGAUGAACUACCCUCGGAUUGGACAUUAGACUCUCUCCUAUUGGUCGACACGGACGAGUCAGUUUCACCUCUGUUCAUCAGGUCCGAGAGGAGGAAUGGCGUUUCCUCCCCUCCUUCCUGUUUUACUUCCUGUUCAUUCUCAUUAGAAUUUCUGGGCGUGGCCUGUUUUGUGUAUCGUCCAAUGAUUGAGCUCUGUGAGCUGUGAGGAGGCCGGCUGAUGGUGUCAGCCGAUUGGUUGGUUUGAACCCGUUUGGUAUUAAGGUGUUUUCUAAGAAUUUGAUUUUGUAAAAUCCUUUAUUAAAUUUUAUUUUGAAGUCACUGACA